GGCAACCACCGCCCACACAAGAGAAGCGGUCAUCGUCACUCAGCUUCAGCUUCUUCGUCUUGCCGUGGCCGUGUGUGUCCCGUGUCCGUGUGGAUUCAAAUCCGCUGACCGGCGGCCGCCUAUUUAUGCCCUACCCCGCCGGUUUUCUCUUCUCCUUUCCACGCUGGUCCACGCGGCUCCAACACCUGCCUGCCUGCCUGCCUGUUACACCAACCACGCGCGCCAAGCCGAAGCAGCCGUCGUCUUCCACCGAUCCGCCCGCCCGCCCGUUCCCCAUUGCUUGCCAAAUUGCCAUGGCGCAGCAGCAGCAGGUGGUGAGGCGGGUUCUGAAGGUGGCGCCGCCGGGGAAGGGCGACGGGGAGUGCUUUCCCACGGUGCAGGCGGCGGUCGACGCGGUGCCGCUGGGCAACCGGGCGCGCGUCGUCAUCCGCCUCGCGCCGGGGGUCUACAGGGAGCCCGUCUACGUCGCCAAGACCAAGAACUUCAUCACCAUCGCGGGGGCCUCGCCCGAGGCCACCGUCGUGUCGUGGGACAACACCGCCACGCGCAUCAAGCACUCACAGUCAUCCAGGGUUAUAGGAACAGGAACAUUCGGCUGUGGUACGUUCAUUGUUGAGGGGGAGGAUUUCAUUGCAGAGAAUAUUACGUUUGAGAAUUCAGCUCCCCAGGGCUCUGGGCAGGCUGUUGCACUCCGGGUGACCGCAGAUAGGUGCGCUUUCUACAACUGCAGGUUCCUUGGUUGGCAAGACACAUUAUACUUACACUAUGGAAAACAGUACUUAAGAGACUGUUACAUUGAAGGCCACUGUGAUUUCAUCUUCGGUAACUCUAUCGCCCUUAUGGAACAUUGCCAUAUCCAUUGCAAAGCAGCAGGAUUUAUUACUGCUCAUAGCCGGAAGUCCACAUCAGAAUCUACUGGCUAUGUAUUCUUGAGGUGUACUAUUACUGGAAAUGGAGAUGGUGGAUAUAUGUUCCUAGGUCGGCCAUGGGGGCCCUUUGGAAGGGUUGUCUUUGCAUACACUUUUAUGGAUCGAUGCAUUAAGCCUUCUGGGUGGCAUAACUGGGACAAAUCCGAGAAUGAGCGAACUGCUUGCUUUUAUGAGUACAGGUGCUCCGGGCCAGGCUCCCAGCCGUCGAACCGGGUGACCUGGUGUAGACAAUUGCUGGAUGUUGAAGCAGAGCAGUUCCUUGCACACACUUUUAUCGAUCCAGACGUUGAUAGGCCAUGGCUCCUCCAGAUGAUGGCAAUAAGAGUACCAGCCUCAGCAUAGUUUGAUCCGAGGUCCUGGUUCAUGCCUCCUUUGUAGCCCAUCUAAUAAAUAAUAAUAAAGUUGGUGGAUGCGGAUGCAUUUUAUAUUUAUAUAAGUUUGUAAAGUUUGUUCAAUUGGUAUCCACUUUUUCUCAUUGAGGGUGGUGGGGGUAGAGAAUGAGAGAGGUUUUGCUGUGAGAAGCUUGUAACGAACUCGAGCACUGGGCUGAAAUACAUGCAGAUAUUAUUUUGCAUGUCC